AUGGCCGAUCUUAAGAUUUAUCCAAAGUUACCCACCGCUCCCGAGUAUUCGAGUGAGCAAGACAAGUUUAACACAAAUACAGUUAAUUCCCAACUUGAAGAGUUGGUAAAAUUACAAAAGAAAUUCCGGGACAAGGAAUGUAAAGUGAUUUUUUCGUCCGUGAUUAAAAGAACUGAUAAUGCAAAAGCCGCAGUAACGGUAAGCCAUUUGAAUAGGCAUUUAAAAGAACUGUCUCUGAAUGUUAUUGAUAAUGACAAUAUUUCAUCUGAAUGUCUUGGGAAAAAAGGGUUACAUUUGAAUGGGUUGGGGGCAGGGAAAUUAGCUGAAUAUUCUGCAAAAGACAAUGUUGAACUACCAGUAAACUGCAGUGUGGAAAAUAUCUUGGGUAAAAACAAUUACGAGAAUGCAAAAAAGUUUCUUGACAAUUUGAGAUCACAAAACAUAAAUAGACUAAUUUUUGGGCAUGUUAAUAUCAAUUCACUACGAAAUAAGUUUGAGCCUCUUAUUGAUCAAGUUAAUAGAAACCUUGAUCUCUUUUUAAUUUCAGAGACAAAAUUAAAUGAAUCAUUUCCUACUAAUCAGUUUUUGAUUCAAGGCUAUAAUGCAUACCGUUUCGACAGAAAUGGCAAUGGGGGAGGAAUGAUUCUCUAUGUACGAAAUGAUAUUCCCUCAAAACUUUUAAAACCCAAAUGUGAAAGUAGUGAGCUUGAAACUUUUUAUAUUGAACUAAAUUUAAGAAGCAAAAAAUGGUUAGUUGUGUGUUUAUAUAACCCAAAAACUAAUCUUAUUGCUCAAAACUUAAACCACAUAAGUAAAAACAUUGAUUCGUUUUCCUGCAAAUAUGAGAACUAUGUAAUACUGGGUGAUUUUAACGCUGAAAUUAGCAAUCUACAUGUAAAUGAAUUUUUAACAACAUAUAAACUUAACUCUUUAAUAAAAGAGCCUACAUGCUUCAAAAGCAUAGAUAACCCUACAAACAUAGAUCUCAUCUUAACAAACCACCCAGGAUCUUUUUGUCACUCCAGGGCUAUUGAAACAGGCUUGUCUGAUUUUCAUAAAUUGACAAUGACUGUUUUAAAAGCCAACUUUGCUAAACGAAAACCAAAAAUUAUAAAUUAUAGAGCAUAUCGGAAUUUCAAUAAUGUAAAUUUCCGCCAUGAUAUAAUGGGUGCUCUAAAUGAUGACAAAAAUCUCGAUGAUUUUAAAAUGUUUGAAAAUUUCAAAAACAGUGUUUUAAGCAUCUUAGAUAAUCAUGCUCCUCGAAAGAAAAGGUAUGUACGUCAUAAUCAGGCAGCUUUUAUGAGUAAAGAAAUAAACAAGGCAAUUAUGAAGAGAUCAAAACUUUUAAAUAAGCAUAGGAAGGAUAAAACUCCAGAGAUUGAAAAUGGGACUACAAUAUCUCAUGAUAAAGAUAUUACUGAAAUAUUCAACAAUUAUUUUGGCAGUGUUGUUGAAAAUUUAGGCAUAAAGUCAUCAAAUAUACAACCUUCAAAUGUUGAAAAAUACAUUCGAAAACUUGAUCCAAAAAAGGCGCAGCAAAAAGAUGAUAUUCCUACUAACAUCAUCAAAGAAAACAGUGAUAUUUUUAGCCAAUUCAUUACUGAAAAUUUUAAUCAAUCGUUAAAAAGUUCUGAAUUUCCAACAUCUUUGAAAAACGCAGAUAUUACUCCUACACACAAAAAAGGACUGCGCAUUGAAAAGGCGAACUAUAGACCUGUAAGCGUACUAUCGAACAUCUCAAAAAUCUAUGAAAGAUGCAUGUAUGACCAAAUAUACACCUUCUUCGAGCCAUUAUUUUCGAAACUUCAAUUUGGUUUUCGCAAGGGGCACAGUUCACAACAAUGCCUCAUAAGUAUGAUUGAAAAAUGGAAAAACAGUCUUGACAAAGGUGGCACAUUUGGAGCGCUUUUAACUGAUUUGUCUAAGGCAUUUGACUGCAUACCACACGAGCUAUUACUAGCAAAACUUCAUGCAUAUGGCUUUGAUAUGAACUCUUUGCUGUUUAUAAAAUCGUACCUAAUUGACAGGAAACAGCGAACCACAAACUUUCUUUCGAUAAACAUGUUAAUCAGCUCUGUAACAAGGCAGGCCAGAAAGUUAGUGCGCUUGCAAGGUUAUCUUCCUUCAUGA